GCGCCUCGCGCCCGCUAGGUGCCAGGCCCCAAGGGAGGGCGCGAGGCGCGCGGGUCCGGGAGCGCGCGCGACGCCAGCGACCUCGCUCGGGCCCAAGUCACCGCCCGCGUCCCCGGCUGAGGCGCCGGCGUCGAGGGCGUGGCGGCUCCUCGCGGCCCCGGGCGGAGGGGUUCUGUUUGCCCCAGGCCGCGCUCGUCGCCCCCGGGCCUCUUCCCUCGAGCGCACAGCAGUGCCUGGCAGAUAUCCUAGAACUUUCCCUACGGAGAAGAUGCUUCGAGACACCAUGAAAUCUUGGAAUGAUAGCCAGUCUGAUCUCUGUAGCAGCGAUCAGGAAGAGGAAGAGGAGAUGGUGUUCGGUGAAAAUGAAGAUGACUUGGAAGAGAUGAUGGAUCUAAGCGACCUGCCCACCUCACUUUUUGCUUGCAGUGUCCACGAAGCGGUGUUUGAGGUCCAAGAGCAGAAGGAGAGGUUCGAAGCUCUCUUCACCCUCUAUGAUGACCAGGUCACAUUCCAGUUGUUCAAGAGCUUCCGCAGAGUGAGGAUCAACUUCAGCAAGCCUGAGGCUGCAGCGAGAGCUCGGAUAGAGCUGCACGAGAGUGACUUCCAUGGCCAGAAGCUGAAGCUUUACUUCGCACAGGUGCAGGUGUCUGGGGAGGCUCGGGAUAAGUCCUACUUACUGCCCCCACAGCCCGCCAAGCAGUUCCUCAUCUCCCCUCCAGCCUCCCCGCCCGUGGGGUGGAAGCAGAGUGAAGAUGCGAUGCCGGUGAUCAACUACGACUUACUCUGUGCUGUCUCCAAGCUAGGGCCAGGGGAGAAAUACGAACUGCAUGCAGGAACCGAGUCCACCCCUAGCGUGGUCGUGCACGUCUGUGAAAGCGAAACUGAAGAGGAAGAAGACACAAAAAACCCAAAACAAAAAAUCACGCAGACUCGGCGCCCGGAAGCUCCCACAGCCGCACUGAGUGAGCAGCUGGACUGUGCACUGUGAGCCCAGCCACUGCACCUGUGCUUCCUGCUGCUACUGCUGCACCUGCACUGGAGCACAGCCACGAGAUGCUGCUGCAUCCAUCUGGCAGCAGGGUCAGCCUUGCCAGGCCAGAACAUGGGGUGAAGUAGCAGAUGCAGUCAGCUGUUUGAAAUUUUGAGCAAUGCUCCGAAUGGCACUUUAAGUGACAAGGUUAGCCCCCACUGUGUGGCACCUGACUCCUCCCCAAAAACAUUAGUACCCCGGAACGUAUCGCUCAUUGGGUACCGAAGGCCAGAAUUAGAAUCACCCAGUGCACUACUGUUUUUUACAGAUUUAAAAAUUAGUCUCAUAAUUUCAGUAAUUUGGUGUAGGUAUUCUUUGUACUGGUGUGGUUGUGUCUAACAAAUACGUUGAGCAAAGGCUGAAUGUCACUCAGUAUACAUGAUCUUUUUUUGGCACGAAAAGAAAUCUUAGAUCCAAAAUCAUUUGUAGAAGCCUUUUUUUCUUCAGUAUUUUUCCACUAGCCUUGGGGAUGAACUGCCAAAUGAGUGAGAUUAUCAGAUCCAAACGGCAUGCGCAGACGUGUUUCUUGGCUCUCCUCAGUAUCACUCUUGCGGUUGGUGGAGGUGGAGCCCAGGACCAUGCUCCCAGUGCAGCCCUCCUAGGCCUGGACCCUGCAAGUAGGAUGUAUCACUGGGAAGCUUGGCUGGUGAUGAUACGGAGUUGCAGCCUGUGGAGGGUGGCUCUUCAGUUUCUCUCUUGACCAUCCUAGUGCUGGCUUGUCGCUGCCUGAGUUGUCCUGUGCUGUGUGUAGCUCUGUGAUGUUAGUCCAGUCUUAAAUUUCAGAAAAUAAUAAGACUUUCUGAAGACCACUUUGAAUUGGAAGGUGUUUCAUUUUUUAUUUUCUUUGAAGACAGGAUUUCACUUUGUAGCUAGCUGGCUUAAAAUCCUCUGUGAUCCUCCUGCAUUAGACUUCCAAGUGCUGGAAAUUACAGGGAGUGAGCCACCAUACACUUCAAAUUUUUCCAUUCAAGUAUUCAACUGUUCAGAAAGAAAAAAAAUCACCAGUACUUUUUCUUUGAGACAAGGUCUUACGCUGUCUAGCCUGAGACCCAGUAUGUAGCCCAGGCUGGCCUUGAGCCCAAGACCAUUUGUUCUCCUUCCUCAGCCACUUGAGUCGUGGGAUUGAAGGUAUAAGCCCCUGUGUGCUUCCCUUUUUAGUGAAAGUUUCCACCUUGGCUUGCAGUCGACUUUCAGAUGGAACAGCUUCUUGCUCUUGAAGCUGUGUUUGAGCCUCUGUACGUGAGUGCAGCAUUGCUAGUGUGCUGGGGCUGCAGCCCCUCUUACAGAAGGCUCUCCUGCUCCAGGUGCGUCGGCUGGUCUCCUCACUGUGCUCUCACUGCACAGCAGGUGUCCAGGGCUGGUGGGGAUAUGUGAAGGGACUGGCACAGAACUAAGAAACCAACUUGGCAGCUACUGUAAAGGAAGGAAAAUGGAGACAUUGAAGCCAUGAUGGCUAUGUUCUUUGGGUGACAUGUUAGAGCUGAGUGUCUUUUGUGGUGGAAUUGAUUUCUGAAGAUUUAAACUGUAUUGCACACAAAUGUCUGACUUGUUGAAACAGGGUCUCAUAUAGUCCUGGUUGACGUCAAACUUGGUACAUCUCAAGGACGACCUUGAACUCCUGCCUCUAUCCCCUAAGUGCUAGGAUUGCAGGUGUGCCCUACAUCACCAACAACAGCAACAGGAAGGGUUGUCCUUGACCUCAGAUGCUGAACUCUGUGUGUUUGGUUGAAGAUUACGACUCCAUCCACACUGGUUUGUUGGACCCAAGUCAUCCUCUGUCAGGUCAGCUGAUAGGCUCUCCUUUGCACUUCUGAGCUCAGCAGUUUGCUUCUUUUGGUUGCAGGACAGACCCUACCUGCCAGCAGACAAGUAGAUCUUCAACAGUUGGGAAGUUUUUGUGUUCCGCAUUAUGCAAUACCAAUUCUCUCUAAUUCUCUAAGUGAUCAAAACUAAUUUUUAGUCUUAGCUUUCAUUUCUAGCUGCCAACUUAAGAACCUCUCUCUCCUCUCCUCUCCUCUCCUCUUCCCUCCCCUCCCCUCCCCUCCCCUCCUCUCUCUCUCUCUCUCUCUCUCUUCCCCCCCCCAGGUUUUCUUUAUUUUAGCUCUGACUGUCCUGGAACUUGCUCUAUAGACUAGGCUGGCCUCGCACUCACAGAGAUCUACCUGCCUCUGCCUCCUGAGUGCUGAGAGGUAAUUAAAAGUGUGCGCCCCCACACUUGGCCUACUCCUUUUUUUUAAGUCAAGAGGUGCCAACUGUUCAUCUCUUUCAAUCUUUUUGAGGGUAUUAAAUCGUGUGUAUGUAUAGGGCGUGUGCAAGGAGAAGGGAAGCCAUUUAAACUUUGCUGGAUAGCAGAUAUUAGUAUUUUCCUCUUUUCUGCUAUAUUGUUUCCAUAAGACAAGCUCAAGAAGAAGAAAAGAUAUUCAUCCACUAUUUAAUGAAAUGAACCAGAGUAUCCAGGUGUCUGUGUUUAAGCUAUUUUGAUGCUCAGUUUGUGUACCCAUUUUAUAAUAAAUGAGUCCUGUUCUUUUGUUUGUUUGUGAAAAGGUCUCAGGUAGCACAGGUAGCAGGUCUCAGAUUCCCUGUGUGGCCAAGGGUGAUCUUGAAUCCUGAUCCUACUGCACCCACCUCCAAAGCCCAGGAUUACAGAUGUUACAGAUGUACCACAGCACACAGUCUAGCCCUUAUCGUCUUUCCAGUUCCCAUAGUAGAUUUAUGUGCAUUUUUCUUUCAAACUGAAUUAAUUCAAUUAUUUUCUUUUUUGUUUUUGUAGACAGGGUUUCUCUGUGUAACAGCCUUGGCUGUUCCAGAACUCACUUUGUAGACCAGGCUGGCCUCAAACUCCCUGUGAUCCACCUGCCUCUGCAUCGUGCAUGCUGGGAUUAAAGGCAUGUGUCACCAUGCCCGGCUGAAUUAUUUCUUGGAAUUAACUUCCCUAGGGGAUUCUGCAUUGCCCUUGUGAGAGUGCCCUGCUGCUCUUCAGGAGCUCUUUCGUGCUCCUGGAGAAAUCUGCAGUUCGUUCUACAGAAAGAAGCUCUAACAGUAACCAUGGUUUCUUCAGAAAGCCACACCUCUUCGUGGGACUCAAACUGAGGGAUGCAAGGAAGAGAACGGGGCUUUGUGUUAAGAAAAACCCUGUAAAGGGUAAUGAAGCCGUGACACUUAGUAGGGCUUGCCAGCAGGACUGCGGGGGUUUGGCUCUUAGAGUCUAGAUUUUUCCAACACACCCACCUGUGGGAGCCAAAGGUCCAUGGAGAGAGGUGGAGAGGCAGGAGCUAGGAGCAGCCCCUUUCCUUGAAGAGCUGAAAGGUAGUUUUACUCAUCCCUCAAAUGUCAGGACGUCCAUGUGUUGGCAGGCACUUGUAAUCCAGCACUCGGGGGUAGCUGCUAGCAGAAGGGUCAGGAGUUCAAGGUUGUCCUCAACUAAAUAGUGAAUUUAAGGCCAGCCUGGGUUACAUAGGAUUGUCUCAAAAAAGGAAGAGGAUUAUACAGAGAUUUUAAGUUCUACAUAAAGGUUUACAUAGAUCAUUGUGGCCACUAAAUGGGCAAUUUGAGUUGAGGGGACACCAGGUACAGGUCAGGAGCAGUUUGCCCCAUAAGGGGAUGACUGUGUACCAUUUUCAUGAAAUCUGUCUCUAAAAGUAUUUUUAAAGUGAGAGUUGAGAUUAGUAAGGUUUAAAGAUUUGUUUUUAUUUAUGUGUCUGUGUGUACAUAUGGGUGCCCACAAGGGCCAAAACAGGGCAUUAGAUCUGGAAUUGGAGACAGUAGAAAGAUACCUGAAUGAGUACUAGGAACUGAACUUGGUCCUCAAGAGCAGUAUGCACUCUUCCCGCUGAGCCAGCUCCAGCCAACGGCCUGUCUUUGUAAAAUAUCAUGAUUAUUGCCAUGGUGGAAACACCUUUAAUCUUAGCACUGCAGGUGGAGCACUGAAUUCAGAGCCAGCCUGGGCUACACAGUGAGUCCCUCUCUAAAAAAGCAAAUCAGACCAAAAAAAAAAAAAAAGCCAUGAUUAUCAAGUGAAAUGAUUUGACUGUCUGAAAAUCAAUGUGACUGACCUAACCCCAGACUUACAUGGGCGUGCACAGCGCUGCAGGGAUUGCAGCUGGCCUUCCCUGUUCUUCCACGUCUUUUCAUGCACUGGGCUCUUAAAGUGUGGAGGAUGUUUCUCCCGUCACUUAGAGAAGAGCGGGAGGCCCAGCAGAUAAGAGAGAGACUCCUUAUGGCGAAUGAGAAAUGGCUUUUAAACAUUGGUGAUAGAGGUAGUGACUUGGGAGCUUUUAAUCAGCUUGAUCGUGACUUGUGCUCUUACCGCCAUUGAGCUGUGGGUUAGAAUCUGCUUCCAGAAUGUUUCCUUGGUCACGGCAGUUGGGUUAGCACUUUAUGUGGGCUCCCUGGAGAGUCGUGUUCAAACUGUUAAAAUACAAAGAGUCCUAAGAGGAGCCGGCACAGAGAAUGAGGCCGCAUGCAUGGAGCUGAAAGUUUGCCGGGGGAGGUCCCCCUCCCUCUGUGCUUAGAAAAUCAGUUUCUGCUCAAGACUAAAGAUGGACAUGGAUUUAUAUUUGUAUUAAACUAUUUUUUCAAGACAGGGAAAAUAAAAUUUUAUUUAUUCAUGAAACUAUACUUAGGAAAACAUAAUAACUUCAAUAUUGUACUGUCCAAUUUUCAGUUCUUAAGGAACGUUAUUUAUCCCAUAACUUUCAAAAUCUGGUCCAGUGCAGCAAACAGGUUUAAAUAAAAGCUGAGUUUUUGGUCACAGAGGUCUUAGCACUGGUGUAUGCAAAUGUUCCACAAGGGUAUCCUGCACACAGGCACGAUCCUCAGCAAGCCCCGCAGAGCAACACCCUCCUCCUGCUGUGGGCACUGCAUCUCCGGGGCUGACUUUAAGGACGCGUACAUGAUGGUGUGUGAUUUCUUGCAGGCUCCCUUUUCCAGUUUGCUUGUAGUUUCUUUCCUUUCUUUCUCCUCUGUUGAAAGCUUUGAUCCCGCAGAUAACCUGGGGAAGCUGGGGGUGUUCCCUCUUUGUUCACGUACAGCCUCAGCACUGCCUGGACCGUCCAUGAGCUUUACACAUUUCUUCUCUGUCUUCAGCUGCAUCUCCAGAGGCGGACUCUUGCAAGGAGAGAGGCUAGCUGGCAACAGGUGUGUCUUCUGGGGCAGUUACACCCAGUGGCAGCACCUCACGCUCCUCUUUGAGCACAGGCGCUUCAGUUUCCUCUUAGGUUCGUACUUCAGCUUUGAUUCAGCUAACUUAUCUCUCAGUUUUAUGUUCUCACUUUCUGAAAGCUGCAGGCGUCUUUCAUUUGGUGUCUUUCAUUCACAAACAGUUUCCGCUCAGUAUCCAGGGCCCUCUGGCUCUCAAACAGCGCCUUCAUUCUCUGUGUGGAUUGCUCGCCUCUUGUGCUUUCGUUUUCUUUGUUUAACUUCUCAAGCUUUAGUUGAAGUAAAUCUGCAAAGUAGGUGAUGUCUUCUAGAGAACAAGGGCUGGCUGAUGUGGACAGCUUCGAUUCCAUACUUUCAUAUAAGGUCUUAAAUUUCUCCAGAUUUUUAAUUUCACCUAAAAGGUGUUUUAUUUUACCAUUCUUCUGUUCCAACAUGGCAAACAACCGUUCCUGCUGCUUCAACUCAGUUUGAGAUCCCCGCAUCCUCAGCAGUGUGGAGAUUUGUAACAUUCUCUGGUGAAUGCAUUGUGCUUCUUCACUGACUGAUAUUUUCAUCGAGUUGAGCUGACGUUCCAUAGCCGCCCUUCGAUCAUCCACCUCUGCCAACAGGGAGUUGCCUUUACUAUUGGGAUCCAAGGCUUGCUGGGGCGCAUGACCCAACUGCACCUGAAGAUCCUGAUUUUCUACAUGAGCUUUCUCUAAGGCAUUAUAAUACGACACCACUUCCUUCUCUCGCUCCUCUUUUUCUUCUUGAAGCCGGUCUACCCGGUGCAUUAAGGAAGCAUUGGAACAUUCUAGUUGUUCUUGUUUGUACCGUGGCUCGUUCACCUCUUGGAGAGCAGUCUUCACACCUUCCAUUCGCCGGAGCUCUUCCGAUGUGUGGGCGAGAACUUCCUCCUGGUGGUCCAGCUUCUGCUUCAGCUGCUUCUCACUUAACCUCACUCCAUCUAAUUCCACUUUCGGUUUCUCUAACUUACUUUUCAGGCCAUUCACUUCCUGCCCGUGGCUUCUGUGUAGCCGCAUCUCUAGCUGCUCCAGCUGCGUUUUCUGUUGUUUCACAGCUUCACGUUCACAGCUCAAACUUCCUGACAUCCGACUCUUGAGCUCAGCUUCUCUUUGAAGGUCGUACUUCUCCGGGUUAUAACCCUCAGUACGGUCAUCAUUUCUUCAUGACAUUUAUCCAGUUGAUGCUGCCGUUCAGUUUGCCUCUCCAUGAGCUGUAAGCCAUACUGUGCAGCUUUCAAUCGCUCCUUUUCACACUCUUUGAGUUUGCUUCGAAGAUCUGUGAUCUCUCUCUCCAUGCUUUCUGUUUUCAGCCUCCUCCCUGCUCACACUUCCCAGCUGCUGCAACCAGAGGCUUGUCCAGAAAGCACCGGGCACCCGGAUUCGUGUCGGUACAUUCACCUCAGCACAAAAAUGCCGCCCUGUUUAUUCAGCUCUAUGUAAACUAUUUUACAGACUCGGGGAUUAAUUUUUAAAGGAAGGCUUUAGGUGUAAUUAUCAGAAGUGUUCAUGAUUCUUUGAAGCCUGGGGUUCUCGCCUGCCAGCUUGCCUCUUCUCUGGAGAGGCUUGGCCCUCAUCACACAGGUGAGCGUGGUCAUCUUUCCUUCUCCCUCUGUGUUCCUUAACACAUCUGUGUUGAGGAAACAGCUGUCUGGGUGUGGUGGCACAGGCCUGUGAUCUCAGCCUUCAGGAGACUGAGACAAGAGGAUUGAAAGGAGGAGGAUAUCUUGGGAUAUGUAAGGAAAACCCUGUCUCAAAGAAAAAGAGCCAUUUUCCUUUCCUGUGUAGAAGAUUGGGAGUCCUGGGUAAAUAUUGCUUCUAAGCAAGAGGCCCACAUUCUACACAGCUGAGUCCAUGGGAAGAAUAAGGUAUAGGGACCCUGGCCAACCACAUGACCAAUGACUGUUGACGUUUUACACUCCCCUCGGAGUGUGCUUCUCCAGAGCCAUCCUCGUCCUCAGCGUGCCACUGUUCCCUUCACUCCUGAGCAGAGCAAAAUGUGACAGUCAAGAGUCCAGAUUACCAAAUGUUGUCAGGCAUGAUGACAUGCCUGCCAUCCCAGCACUUGGAAAGCAAAGGUAGGAGGAUUGUUGUAGAUUAAGGCCAGCCUGUGCGCUACGAGACCCUGUCUCCACAGAAGGGUUACUGGGUGUACACAGCACAGCCUGUUGGGUCUCCGGCCGGGCUGGGAACUUGUCCUGUCCCCUGUAAAGUUUCUGUCAGCUGAGAAGUGACCUCAGGGAGGUGAAUGUGCAGAGACCUGCUAACGUGGCUUGUGCUUUCUCUUGGGAACCUGCAACUCUCGAAGAGGGUCCUGUGACCCUUGGAGCUCCCACAUGGCCUUGACCGGGUGUGCAUUCUCACCAUGAGGAGGAUUUAUUUUCUAUCUAUGCAGAUGAUUGGUGUUUUUCUGUAUUGUUUCCCGUUGGUCUCCAGUCUCCCUAAGUCAGGUUGAGAACUAAGGGGAGACAGCAGUGUGGGUCCUGCGACUGCGCCAUAGCCACUGCUGUCUGCCCCUGCGUGUUUAUUCCUGUCACUGUGGAGCGUUUGCGUCUUUGGAGUGUGGGGAAAGCCUUCACAGCCCUUGCGCUUCGUUCUUCAUACCCAAACCUGCAGUGGGAUUUAUUCCUGAAUCUGGACACGUCUGUAAUCUCCCUGGGCCCCAGCACUCGCUGCACUUGUGAAAACCAGCCAGUGAUCUUCGUCCGUGUGUCCGUGUUUUAGUGUGCUUGAUGUGAUGUGAUAGUUCAUUAUCAGCUUCAACUGUCCUGUGUUCCGAGGCUCUCUAAACAUUCCUUGUCCUGUGAGGUGACAAAAGCAGAAUGUAAUUUAGAGGACACUUUACAAUUACAUGUAACAAGUUUUGAUGUUGAAACUAAUAAAAAGUUGUUUUUUAAAAUGA